CCUACAGUCAUCGAAACUGGACAUCGAGGAACAUCAUGUUAGCAUAGUGUGGUUGUUGAUCGAAGAUCCAGAUGCAAUCUGCACGAAGUGGGCACACUGUCUCAAAACUUGAGGCGUUCCAUCUUGUCCAUGCCGGAUAUCUUGGGCGCAUAUGCCUGGACCGCCUGAGCCUUCUCUGGCCCUGAUGCAUGUUCCAUACCGUGGCCGACAAUGUCUUCCUAUAAGAUUGGCUCUAGCUUCGACGCCACCGCGCUGAGGUGCUGAAGUUCAGCGCAUUGAGCGGAAUCCCGCCGCAAGACAUUAAAAAAAGCCCAGAGAUCCAGCUAUUCAGGAUAUUCGCCAUUGCAGCGUAUGAGGCGCACCAAAAAACGGUGGUGGAGUGCCCACCAGCAUGUCGAUUGCCUUGGCGUAUCAUGAUACCACAACGGCAGUAUCUGGAGAAUCACGCCGGAUUCAAAGCUCGUGACGAAUGUCUCACGUGGUCUGACACCUCGCGUUGCUUCCGUUGGGUGGCUGUGAACUUUGCCGUGUGUCGAGAGAUAUUGGUCAAACACAAGGCAACGCGUUUUCACCUCCCGCCUUCGAUCAUGCCACACACCGACGGGCAAUACACCGAGAAACGAGAGAGCGGUGAAGCUUUCUCCGACCGCGAGAGGGCCAGCGGGAACAAGCUCUGGAGCGCCUACAUCUCUGAGGCGCAGAGCUACGAUCGGGGCCUCAUUGAUGGCUGGCGCAGUGAGAUGGAUGGCCUGCUCAUCUUCGCCGGUCUCUUCUCCGGCGUCGUCACGACAUUCAUCAUCGAAAGCUACAAGACGUUGAGCCCCGACCCGGGCAGCCAGACCCUCGCGCUGCUCAGCCAGAUCUCGCACCAGCUCGCGAACCUGAACAACGGCACCGCGGUGGCAGACGCACUCCCUCCCGCCGCUGCCUUCUCGCCCCCGAUCUCCGCCCUCGUGUGCAACGCGCUGUGGUUCACCAGCCUCGCGCUCGGCUUGUCGAGCGCGCUCGUCGCGACGCUGGUCAAGCAGUGGGCGCAGGACUACCAGCACCGCACCUCCAUGUUCUCCUCCCCCGCUGUCCGCUCGCGUGUGUACAUGUAUCUAUACUAUGGUCUGCAGCGCUUCAAUAUGCAUGCCGUUGUCGGCGUUUCCCCGCUUCUCCUGCACGCGUCUCUGGUCCUGUUCUUUGCGGGCCUAGUCGCAUUUCUUGCGCCCGUCAACACCAUCAUCAUGGGAAUCUUCUCCGCGCUGCUGCUUCUCUUCGUGUUGGUCUAUGGAACGUUCACAGCGCUCCCGCUGUUCUUCUUCGACAGCCCGUUCCAGACGCCACUGACGCGAAUACUUUGGUCGCUGGAUCAGAGCUUGGGAAGCGUGCUGAGGGCUUACGUUCAAAGGGCAGGGGCUGUUUGCAAGACCUAUAUGCGAGAGAGAGUCGCUGUGACAGACCCCGAGGCCCAUGCCAGACCUUCUGUACCUGCAGACACUGGUCCGCAGAGCCAGGGCAUGGUGGAGGCUAUGACGACAGCAGCCUUGCAGCCUUCCGUCGAGACGGAGACCCGGGCUCUCGCGUGGACCAUGCGGUCUCUCUCCGACGACGACGAGCUUGAGCCCCUCGUCGAGGCGCUCCCCCAGGUGCUAUGGGACUUCGAGAAAAACGAGCCGCGUGGCGCGUAUCGGACGCAUUUCCUCAGGCUGUUGCGCGAUCCGCAGGUCCGUCUCGGCCAGCGUCUCGGGGACUUCAUGGCCGGCUCCAACAGCUAUCUGCUCGAGCACAACGUCCGCGUCCGCCGACAGCUGUCAGUGCUCCGGGCGCUCUGGGUUGUCUGCGCUUUCUCCCUCCACACGGGGUCGCCUAUGGAGUGUCCGAUUGGAGACGCCGAUCCUGGCAAAGCACUGCUGGGGUCGAAUUUUAUUGACUCGGAGGAAGUGCAGAACAUGGUCCCCGAUGUGUCCGCUCUGAUUCGCCUGAACGUUAUCGAGUCCAAGAGCCAGCAACGGACCCCCGGUGGCCCUCCCUCGCAGACGAGCAACUCCGACCGUGACAUUCGCGCCCGGGCAGAGAAGCAACGGCGAGCGGAGAAGCAACGGACGUACGUGCAGUAUCUGACUGCGCUCUCCAAAAACCUUGCCAGCUUCCAGCGAGAGGUGACCGUGUCGCUCUUCCAUCGGUCACAGAUCCUCUUCACGGAAGCGGAUGGCUACCGCACUCUGCAAGACGCUCUUAGAAAGCUGACCCGGUCGGGGUCGGAUGAGACAGCCGCGGACAAUCUCGUCUUCGCUGCGCGCCAGAUGAUCAGCGCAUUUGCCCGGACAUCGACGUAUCCGGAUCUGUUCGGGAUGGGGUUCCGUGGUCUCGCGCCGUUCCUUGUCCGGUAUCCUUCCCUCGCGGCCUACAAGCCAGAGCUCGAUCUACAGCCCGGUCCGAAGUACCAUUACACCCGAUACCUGUGUUACUGUCUCUGCGAGAACCUGAAGUACCGACGCGAGAACUCGGAGCAUCAACUCGACCUCCAGGCAUCCGUCGAGGCCCUGCAGCUGAUCUACCAUCACCUGGUCAACACCCCGGCGGCCGCGAGAGACGUCGACAGCCAUCUGUGGGUCCUCCGGAGGCUGCUGAGGGCCGACGUUCAGGCAGCAGACGCCCGCACGCACCGUUUGGUUGCCACCGUGCAGUGCGCUGUGCUCCGGUGUUUCCGGCGGGAUCUGUCGAAUUCGGGGGAUCUGUCGGAAUCGACGAAAUUGAUGCGCAUGUUCGACGACGAGGCGUGGUUCCGGGCAGUGAUCAGCCACGAAAACGAUAAGCGGAGGGAGUGGGCGUCGGCGAAGCAGUUCUACGACUGUGCCUGCGUGGGUGUUGUGACCGCCUUCUUCGAGCAGUGUGCCCGGAAUCCGGAUCAGACUGAACGCAGGCUUGAAUUCGAGACGUUCAAAACGGUCCAGACAGUCACCACCAUCUAUCGGAUCCGGGUGCUCCCGGCCAAAAUACAACUUCGAUUCGCCGACGCCGUGUCUGGAUUCCUCGGCAGAUAUCCACAGGACAGUCUUGCUGAUAGCCAUACGCUCGAAUUGGUGCUCUACUGGGCCGUCAAUGGGGACUCUGGGUAUAUCGACGAUUCGGAUGCAUUGAAGGUCCUGGACGCGGCUGUGUCUCAGGUGCAGACGGACCACGCGCAGGAAACACAUCGAAGAAAUGCCGAAUCGAUCCGCGCACUGAUUCAGGACCGGCUUCAUCGUUCCCGAGAGCAUCCUCCCGACUUUGUCCCGCUCGUUAUUGACGGAGAGUAAAGCGACCAUCGUAGAGGGGGUUUUUGGUGUGGAGGUCGGUUUGUAUAGCCAAAUAGGUUGACCUGAGGCAACUAAAACAAUCACGACCAAAGGGCAUUCUGUAAGUACAUGUAAAACUAGAUCAAAGACCGGCAGCAGUCAACACGGCAGGGAAGUUGGGUGAACCCAUCCCCGUGACGGGGUCUCAGCCCGCCUUUGCAGAGAACCCUUUCGUGCCGCAGCCGGGAUUCGUGCCAGACGUGAUGUCAUUGAACAUCUGCGGGUUCGCAUACACCCAGGGGUUCAGGAAUCCCAGCACGGGCUUCCCGGCAGCCAGCAGCCGGUAGUUGAUCAGCCCGAUGACAGACGCGAAGAUGGGCGACGAGCAGGAUGUUCCGUCGACUUUGUCGCCCGAUCCAUUGGACACGAUCUCGACGGCCUGGCCGAUGGGGGAGACACUGGCAUAGCCACGGCCAGAUGCAUUGUAUCGGCCAGAGUAUCGACACUCUAAUCCUGCGAUGUCAUUCUGGGCCAAGUUGAUUCUAAGCUCGAGAUUCAUCUCCCCAGGUGCGACGCCGGACACAACGAAACCUUGCGGGGCGGCGUCUCUGCUCUCAUGCAUAACAUAGUUGUCCAGCAGCGGUGUAGCGGACACCAAGGUCGGUGCGAUAGCGAGGAACACGAGCGCGAGCAUUUCUAGGGGCGAGCGACGUGGGAAGCUCGCCGUUGUACGCUAUCCCGUCGCGUUUUUGUACGCAGUCCUAUCUCGAGACAGUACACAUGCAGCGUUCAGACAUGUGUAGGGCGAGAAGCAAGUUCCGGGUGCGCAUUGAAGAUGCGUUGGUCGCCCCAUGCACAGUGCGAUAUCCCGAGUCGCAGACGCUGGGUUGCCAGGGGGAUCGAGGAGGCUGUAACAGACUUCCCUUCCCCGCAUCAGCAAUGUGGAAUCGAGCUUCGUGCAGAUACGAAUAUGGCCGCCGCCGUGUUGUCCAGUGCGAUUCCAGGUCGGGCCGCUGCUACUGAGGAGUGUCUCGUAUGCACGUGUUUGAUGAUUUUGCUGCUGCUUCUCCGCCGGCCCGGUUCCGCGUCCUUGCCUUCAUUAUAGAAUCCACAUUCUGCCCCCGUCUUUCUUGCUCCUCCCGUUAUCCCCUCUGCCUCGCUCUGGAUCUCCGAGCGCUCUCAGAAGCGCCGCGCUUAUACUGUUUCUCGUUGCUCGGAUCUUAGAGGCUGAGCAACGAAGCUGUCGUUCCCUGCACCUGUCCCAGAGCGAAGAACGACGAUCCCUGGACUGGUCGAUUCGGGAUGAGGCUGUUGAGCAGAAGCGAUCAAUCCGGGACCUUCGACGCCUACUUGAACUCCUGCAUAGCACUUUUCGGGCACCUUCAGGCAUGGGCAUGAGCCAUCAUCAUCUAGACCUGGGAUACAAGCCCUGUCAGCACUCGAGUCCUGUGGUUCUGUUUUCUCUAUCUUGGGAUGAGUAGCUAUGAAGGUGCCCGACGAUCGCCCCCGGAUCACAUGCUCACGUCCUCUUGAGCGAAUCAGCGCUGAGAGGAGCAAAAGCCGUAAAACUUGCCUGGAACAUCCAGGAUGCCGCCAACAUGUCUCCUGGUCACCCUUCUUUUGAAGCUGUCCUUCACCCUCUCAUCGGCAACACUCCGCGACUUGUACCAACUUGGUCCGACUGUCACAACCUCUCAGAGUCACCCUGCUCCGUUCGUCUCGUCACAGACAACGACCCCACGCGCAAGGCGGCCAGUUUCCGACUGCAACUUUCUCGAUAGACGGACCGUUGCGUACAAUAUUGACUAUCAUACCAUCUUCCAACGAUCGGGGUGGGUAUGGUGGAAUGCAGCACGCCAGCCGAGAUCGUGGGAUCAGAAGUGACGCUUGUGGGCAAUGAACAAAACUUGGGCUGAACCUUGCACUGAGAUGCUGAGCAGGCCAGAUUCGUCUGAUGUCGCGAUACCGUCCGCGGUAGAUGUUCCGCAGGUGGAAUUGGGUCCAUCGAAUACCAUUAUCUGCUCUAUUGUUCCCAAACUACGGACAGUCGAGGCAAACUCCUGAUUCUAGUCCAAUGCAUCUACUUUCCGAGUCUUCUAGUCCAUCUUCAUGUUGCCGUAUCUACUGGAUGCAGAUUCCUGUUUGUACAGGAGAAUAUAAUACUAACUUCCCCGCGAUUCGAACCGGUGGCUUCGUGUGAGUCAAGCGUGACGUGCGAAAUACCUGCGCCUCGGAAAUGCUCGCGCUCGCGUUCCUCACCCUUGCACUGACCUCGGUGUCCGCUACACCGCUGUUGGACAACUAUGUCGUGUAUGAGACCCGAGAUGCGGCCCCGCAAGGUUUCGUUGUGUCCGGUGUCGCACCUGGGGAGACGAAUCUCGAGCUCAGAAUCAACUUGGCUCAGAAUGAUAUCGCGGGAUUGGAGUCUCGCUUGUUGGCCGCUGCCACUCCGGGAGGUGAUACCUACGGACAGUGGCUGUCUGCGGAUGAGAUCAACACAUAUUCUGCACCAUCUGCAGAAACGUCUGCAGCUGUUUCUACAUGGCUUUCGUCGCACGGAGUCGAGUCCACCAAAUCCUCGCCUUCCGGCGACUAGAUCUCUGUCAACGUCCCCGUUUCAAAGGCGAACGAGCUGCUCGGCGCCGACUACCACGUCUUCACGCACACUGCCAGCGGCAAGACGUCGAUCCGCACGCUCUCGUAUUCGAUACCUGCGUCGUUGAAGAACCACAUCAAUGUCGUGACGCCGACCACGAGCUUCAGCCGUCCCCGCCAAGCGCUGCCCUUCACAGCCAUCAAGAGCGAGCCGCAGGAUCAGGCUGAAGUCGCGGUCUCCCCCGAUGCUGUACCCUCCUCGUGCAAAAAGACGAUGACCCCAACCUGCUUGCAGGCGAUGUACAGCAUCCCUUCGACGCCUGCGACGAACAAGUCCGGAACCAUUGGCGUGGCUGGUUUCUCCGACCAAUGGGCCAGCAAAGCGGAUUUGACAAAGUUCCUCAAGGCCCAGCGCAAGGACAUGAACUCCUCGACCUCCUUCGCGUUGACAACCCUUGACGGCGGCGUCAACGACCAGACCCCGGGAAACGCCGGGGACGAAGCUGACCUGGACAUCCAGUAUACCGUUGGUCUAGCCACCAAUGUUCCGGUCACCUUCAUCUCUGUUGGUCCAAACAACCCAGACGGCGACGACAUCGGAUUUCUCGACAUCAUCACGACCCUCAUCGCCGAAUCGGCGCCGCCUCAAGUGCUGACGACGAGCUACGGCUUCCCGAUCGAGACUUACUUGUCCCAGCAGCUCACAUUCGCCAUGUGCAACGCGUACAUGCAGCUGACUGCUCGCGGUGUUUCGAUCCUGUUUGCCAGCGGUGACGGAGGCGUGGCCGCGAGCCCGGGCGAAUCGUGCAGCGGGCAGCCGUUCCUCCCGACUUUCCCGACUUGCCCUUACGUUACGCUCGUGGGUGCAACAGCCGGGACGCCUGAGACCGGUGCCAGACUUUCUGCUGGUGGAUUCUCUAACUACUUCCCUGUCCAGUCAUGGCAGAAAUCCGCCGUCAGCUCUUACAUCAGUUCAAUUGGCACGCAAUACGCUGGCCUCUACAAUACGUCUGGCCGCGGGUAUCCCGACGUCUCCGCUAUCGGAAAGGCCGUCGAGGUCAUCUACAACGGAUCCGGGGUCAAAAUCGAGGGAACAUCCUGCUCGUCGCCCAUCUUCGCGUCCGUGAUCGGGCUGAUCAACGACCGGCUGCUCGCUGCCGGAAAGCCCGUGCUGGGAUUCCUGAAUCCGUGGGUGUAUGCGAACCCGCAGAUGUUCAAUGACAUUAUCUCUGGCACGAAUCCCGGUUGCGGCACGAAAGGGUUCUCUGCAAAGGCGGGCUGGGACCCCGUUACGGGCAUGGGUUCGCCCAACUUCCCUGCCAUGCUGACUGCAGCCGGUCUCUGAUUUCGAUUUAUUUAUACUCACCUGUGCAAGAUAUGAAUGCUUGGUGCCUCGAUACGGUAGAUGAAUUGACACAGUACCCACUCUUUCUGGGAAAUUAAGUGCAAAAGGUCUUGGGCACUCCAUUUGUGCGGUGCAGAGUGAUCUGGACCGGCCAGAUAAGCAACUGCUGGAUCAAUAUGGGCUCCUGCCGGAACAGAUCCCGAUCGGAAAGGUACCAGCAAAGGCCGUGCAAGAAGGCACGCAACGGAAGAGUUCGCUGUCCCGGGUGAUAGAUAAUACAUCGCGGGGAAGUUCUGCAGUCGGACGGCGCCUCGAGGUCCGCGGGCUCACCCGUGACGAUCCCACCGACCGAUAUUUGUGCUCGGGGGUAUUCGAGUUAUCACUGGAGGACCUCGCUCCGCUGGGAUCGCGCGAGACUUGAGCAGAUGGAUUCUCUGUUGAAGAUGGAUGCAGCUGAGGGAGAAGAGAGAGAUUGGCAUUCACAGAUGAUCGGGAUGCUGCGGAUGCGCCUAGGAGUGUCUUGCCGCACCUGGGUACCCUCUCAGCCAGUCUGCGCCUCUGUGGUACAGUGCACUUCUGCUCAGCGCUGC